AUAAGUCGAUUUAUUUCCUUACAACUAAUCGCUACAUAUCGAUAAUAAAUCAAUCACCCUGUACUUAGCAGUCAAUCGAAUUUGCAGCAAUUGUGUUAUCAGUGCAGCUGGUGUGUGCGAUAAAACUAAAAUAAAAUGAUUGCACUCAAAACACUACGAAAUCAUUGGAAAAAAUCAUUGUUUGCGACCGGUGUUGCAGGAUAUGGCCUUUAUUACGGCAAAACCAGCUUUGAUAUAUCCCAGCAUAUGAAAAAUGUGUGUGCUGAAACAGUAGCAAUGGGAAAAGUCUGUGAUAAGCCGAAACAUGUUUUGGUCGUUUUAAAUCCCGCUGCUAAUAAGAGAAAUGCAGAAAAAAUGUUCAAAGAUUAUUGCGAGCCCAUAUUACAUUUGUCCGGAUACAGCGUGGAUAUAAUAAAAACAACACAAGAAGGUCAUGUCAAAACUUGGCUGAACGAAAUGACCGUGCGUCCACAUGCAAUUAUAAUAGCUGGUGGUGAUGGCACAGCCUCCGAAGUAGUUACGGGUUUGCUGCGACGCAAGGAGGGCAAAUGUCCAAUUGUUUUGUUGCCAUUAGGUCGAAAAAGUGCUACAGCGUUGAAAUACCUUGAUGUGAAGCCAGAAAACAAAUUAGAACGCGUGAAAUCACUUACUGCCGCCUUAACGCCGUUACUUCACGAAAAAGUAAAGAAUGAAAGUGUAAUGAAAGUUGAUUUCAUUAAUGGCACAACAGAAAAAGCGGACGCCGCAAAGGAAAACGCCACAAUUUAUGGUUUGAACGACUUUUCUUGGGGUCUCUUACGUGAUGUUGAAAGCAUUACAGAUAAAUACUGGUAUUUUGGACCACUAAGACAAUAUGCUGCGACAUUUUUCAGUGCUUUUUCCAAUAAAUUAAAUUGGAAUCUCGCCACUGAUUACGUGUAUACGCCGCCUUGUGCCGGUUGCAGAAAUUGUCAACCAUACGAAAAUAAAUCGUAUGUGAAAAAGUUUUUGCCGCGAAUGUAUACAAUAAGGGAUACAAAUACUGCCAAUACUAUGAAUUCGUACAAAUUAAACGAAGAUUGUGAAACGAAAACCGAAGGACAUACAUAUGUGAAUCAAUUAAAUAUAACGUGUAAACAAAAUGUGGGCUCUAGCUCCGAGCUCGAAACUAGUAUGAUCGAUACACUGGCGCCAGGAUUUGAAUUCGUUAAGAAAAUAAAGAAAGUUAUUAGCAAAGAACUGGUGCCAAAUUGCACGAUCAAAAGUAGAACAAUACGACUGCAACCGACAGAAAAAGAUGCUACGGAAACUCACUACUCCAUAGAUGGGGAGGAAUAUGAUGUUAAACCUUUACGCAUUGAAGUUAUACCAAAUGCUAUACAAGUGUUUUGCAAUUAAAAACAAUUUUUUUAAACUAAAA